UGUUACGAUUGUAAACAUAAACAACAACUCGUGUGUUCCGCUUUUCCCAGGAUUUUUGUGGAAAAUACAGUGAAAAUCUUUCCGGAAUCGAUCAGAUUUCCUCCAGGACACUACAAUGCUUCGUCCCCGGACAUACGAUGAUGAGGAUAUGCCAGGGGGCUCUGGGGAGCGUGGCCGCAAGCGCCGUCGCAUGUCGGAGUCUCAGGAGGUGGAGGAUCGCCUGGAGAGUCUCAUCAUUCGCGUGGGUGAGAAGAGCACCUCGUCGCUGGAGUCGAAUCUCGAGGGUUUGGUGUCAGUGCUGGAGGCGGACUUGGGCGCGUUUCGAGCGCGAAUUCUGCGCAUUCUCUCGGACUGUGCCAUCCGGAUGCCCGAGAAGUGCACAAUCUACACGACUCUGGUGGGUCUGCUGAAUGCCAAGAACUACAAUUUCGGCGGAGAGCUGGUGGAUUUCAUUGUGAAGACGUUCAAGACCAGCCUGAAGAUGUGUCGCUGGGAUGCGGCACGAUAUUCGCUGCGAUUCCUGGCAGAUCUGGUGAAUUGCCACGUGAUCUCGGCCACUUCGCUCCUCCAGCUGCUGGACAACAUGGUGGACGUGUCGAAUGAGGACACUGUGCCUCAGGUGCGCCGGGAUUGGUACGUCUUUGCCGUGCUGUCGACGCUGCCGUGGGUGGGCAGGGAUCUGUAUGAGAAGAAGGAGAGCGCCCUGGAGAGUCUGCUGGUGAAGAUUGAGGUGUUCCUGAACAAGAGAACGAAGAAGCACCACAAUUGCUUGAGAGUGUGGUCUGUGGAUGCUCCGCAUCCGCAAGAGGAGUAUCUGGAUUGCCUGUGGGCGCAGAUUCGCAAGCUGAGGCAGGACAAUUGGGCAGAGAAGCACAUCCCUCGCCCCUAUCUGGCCUUCGAUUCCAUCCUCUGCGAAGCCUUGCAGCACAAUUUGCCGCUGAUCAAUCCGCCGUCGCACCAGGAGAGCAAUGUGUAUCCGAUGCCGUGGGUCGUUUACCGGAUGUUUGACUACACCGACUGUCCGGAUGGGCCUCUCUUGCCGGGGGCGCACUCCAUUGAGCGCUUCCUCAUCGAGGAGCACCUCCAUCACAUCAUCGAGACUUACCAUGUGGAGAGGAAGGAUUGCGCCGCGCAUCUGCUCAACUUCCCGUACAAGGCCAAGAUUCCGCUCGAGUACUGCAUUGUGGAGGUGAUCUUCGCCGAGCUCUUUCACAUGCCCACGCCACGAUAUCUCGACAUAUGCUAUGGCUCGAUUCUCAUUGAGCUGUGCAAGCUGCAGCCGGCCACAAUGCCUCAAGUCUUGGCGCAGGCCACGGAGAUCCUCUUCAUGCGCAUCGACUCCAUGAACACGUCGUGCUUCGACAGAUUCGUCAACUGGUUCUCAUACCAUCUCAGCAACUUCCAGUUCCGCUGGUCCUGGGACGACUGGGACAGCUGUCUGCUACUGGAGCCUGAGCAUCCUAGGCCCAAGUUCAUUCAGGAGGUGCUGCACAAGUGCCUGCGCCUCUCCUAUCACCAGAUGAUCAGGGAAAUGAUGCCGGAAACCUACGCGCGUCUUCUUCCCGUGGCGCCGGAGCCGAUCUACAAGUACUCCGCCGACGGCGCUGCCGCGCUGCCCGGCACCCAGACUGCCCAUCAACUGGUCGUGGCUAUUCGGCAGAAGUGCGCUCCGGAGGAGGUGAUCGAUGUGCUGAAGGACUUGCCGAAUCCCAGUGAAAAUGCGGGCGACAGUGGGGAUUUCAACACGCUGAAGAUUGACGUGUUCGUGCAGACGCUGCUGAAUUUGGGCUCCAAGAGCUUCAGUCACAGCUUCGCCGCCAUCUCGAAGUUCCAUCAGGUGUUCAAGGCACUGGCGGAGACUGAGGAGGCGCAGAUCUGUGUUCUGCACAAUCUAUUCGAGUUGUGGCGCAAUCACGAGCAGAUGAUGUGUGUGCUGGUGGACAAGCUGCUGAAGCUGCAGAUUGUCGACUGUUCGGCCGUGGCCACGUGGAUAUUCUCCAAGGAGAUGACAGGGGAAUUCACGAAGAUGUAUCUGUGGGAGAUUCUCCACUUGACCAUCAAGAAGAUGAACAAGCAUGUCAUAAAGCUGGGCACUGAACUCACGGAGGCCAGAGACAGACUGACUGGAGAGGAAUCAUCGUCGAGUGAGUCUGAAGAGGAAAGUGCAGCGAAGAAGAAAAAAAUUGAAAUAGCGGACAAGCCGACAGAAGAGAUGGUGGAGCGCAUGGAGGAGAAACUCGAGGCGGCCAAUGUGGAGCAGAAGAAGCUCUUCCUCAUUGUCUUCCAGCGCUUCAUUAUGAUUCUGUCUGAACACUUGGUGCGAUGCGAUACAGAUGGCAGAGAUUAUGAUACAGAUUGGUAUCGCUGGACAAUUGGAAGGCUGCAGCAAGUCUUUCUGGUGCAUCACGAGCAGGUGCAGAAGUACAGCAGCACUCUGGAGUCACUUCUCUUCACGUCAGACUUGGAUUCUCACAUUUUGGACGUUUUUCAGCAAUUCAAUGCGCUCAGGGCGUAAAUUGUACAUGAAUUUGAAUGUAUUUCAAGAGAGUUCUCAAUAAUUAAUUUGGAAAUAUCACAAAAAAUUCGAUGUUUCUCUAUUUUCUGAGGGGAUUCCAAGGAGGACAAAAAGGCUUCUUGCUUCUUGCUGUGGAGAGAAACAACUUUGCAAGUUUGGUUUUUAUUAAUUCUUUAUUAAUAUGGAUGACCAUGCUUACAUACAUUGCAGUGUAUUAAUCAUUUCUUCAUUAAGUUUUCUUUUUUUCAUUCUUUAUUAAUACAAUAAUAAUAAUUAUCAUAUAGUAGAUUAUAUAAUUUUUAUAAGUAGGUUUUUGUCCUUUUUUUAAAUAUGAAUUCAAGCACAAAAGGGACCAGAUUUUUGUUUCAUUUUUUUUUUGGUUUCACAUUAAAUGACUAGAGAAGCAAAUAUUCAUGGUAUCUUGUCGAUUUUUUUCUUUGUUAAUUUUUUUUUUUCAUUUAAUAUUUAAGGAGAAAAAGCAUUUAUUCUCGCUUUGUGUGAUUUGAAUGUUUUGGUGAAUGUGUGAUGUGUGAUUCUCUUUGGUAUUGCUAAUGCAACUCUUCUUUUUUUUUCCUCCUCAAUUUCUCAUUUCCGUCUCUUCCCGAAAAAUGCGCAUGAUUUAAUGUGUUUUCUGUGAUUUUUCUUUUUCAUAUAUUUUUCUUGCCUACUUAACAAUGAGCUGUGUGAUAUUUAAUGUUCCACGUUUUUUUUCUUCUUCUUCUUCUUAAUCCAUUAACUCUCAUAUCUUUUUCUCUGUUGUCUUUUUUUUUAAGGAAAAGAAUACUAACGGGAAAUGUAAGCUUUCUUGUCAUUCUUAUUUGCUGACGCGCUUUAAAAAGGCUUUUAUUUGAUGUUUCACUAAUUUUUUUCUUUCUUUCUCCAGAAAUCAGUGAAUUUUUGCUAAAAGCAAAUCAACAAAAAAUGAGAACAUUUGCAUAUCGCUCUUAUAUCCAUCUUUUUGCUGUCUCUUCAUCACUUUAAUUAAAUGCUACGGAUUUUUAUCUGUGUGUCUGAAUUGGUUUUAUUAUUCAUUUUUUGGGGGUGGAACUAAAACUACUCGGGGAAAACAGGCAAAAUGUGUAAUUCCUGCAUAAUUUCUUCCUUGUCUAACGUUGUGGCUCUUUUUUUAAACUUCUCUUCCUAGAAAAUAAAUUCCAUAUCAAAGGCAUUUCUCAUUUAGCACCAAACUUACUCUAUGAAUUCAUUCUUUCGUAUCCUAAAACAGUGAAAUUAAUCAACGGAAAUUGAGAUUAUUCAAUAUAGCAGAUAUUAGAAUAGAAGAGAAUGAAGUUGUACGAAAAUUAUUGAUACUAUUAUAGAAAUAAUUAAACACAUUAUUAUGUUGUUGAGAUUGAAGAGAGAAAACUCUACAUUCGAUUUUGUGCGUCUUUUGUGCGUGAUUUUCCUGUACUUUCAACCUCUUCCUCACACAUCUUUCUUGCUUUCUUUCUCUCUCUCUCUGUCUAGAGAUUAAAUAAAUUUCCGAACAUCCUCAAACUUCCCAAAAUCCUUCUAAAGCUUCUCACUUCUCUCAUCGCAAGAUGACAGAGAGAUGGAACGCAUUAAAGACACUUUGGCAGUUUGAGGAGCUUCAAAAGUCCAAAUGCUUUUUCUCUCUUCAAACCCAUCAGGAAAGGUUUAACUCACGAAUUAAUAUAUGAGGAUAAUCUGUAGAGUGGAAAAGAGUUUGCCAAGGGAAAUUGCAAAGAUAUAAUUUACUCCAUCAAGUAUUAUUUACCACGCGCUAGGCCCUUAUUUCUACUGAUAUUUCUCCAUUCAUCAUAAACCACACCAUUAUUCUGAAGGGGAGGGAAAAACAAAGGUAAAAGUGUCUAUUUUACUCCCUCUUUUACUCUCUUUUGUGUAAAGUGUUAUUGAGUAUUUAAAUUAGAUAUUUGAAUAUGAAAAAAAAAGUAUUGAAAGUGAUCAAUCAACUAAAUUCUACUCAAAAAAACAACUUCCUGCAAUGAUGCUGCACACUUCCUACAAUAUUUCUUUAAAUAUAUUUUUCAAUAUUUCAUUUUUAUUUAUUGGUUCCCCUCAAUAUUUCCUUCCAUUUUUUCUUCCUUUAGUUUCUGUAAUAAAAAAAUUAAUUAUUUGUCACUUCCAUUUUCUCUCAAAUAUGUCUCACAUUCCAGCUUCGCGUUCAUCGUCUCUAAGUAUUUCUUAUUCUUUUCCUUCUCAUAACGUCUAUCAGACUAUUUCAUGGGUAUUUUUUUUUAAUGCAUUUCCUCUCAUGCUUAGAGUGUAAUUUAUUUAUUUUGUCGCCUAAUGCCAAGGAAUGCAAGUAAUAGACAAAAUUGAUAUUUUUUCCCCUUCGUCCGUUUGAAUUGAAAUAUUUGCUUUGUUGUUUUCUAUUUUUUUUUUAUAAGUAUAUUUGUUGAAUUUUAUUUUUUUAGAAAAAGUCUAUAAAAUCGUGCUUCUAUCAAUUUUUUUUUAAUGAAUUUUCUCUCACUCAAAACUCUCUCAACAUUGUUUUUUGCUCGCUCAUGUCGUCACUUUUUAAAAGCUUUCACUAUAAUAAUUCUGGUUUUUCUUUUUAAACUUAUUAACAAAAAUGUUUCGACGACGGACUUGUAAAAGCCACUAAGCCUUUGUUUAAACGUGUUGAGUCGCUAGUUAAUGUCUUAGGUUUUUAAUAUGCCUAAUUAAUGCGAAAUAUUCAAAUUUGUUUGCUAAUUUUAGACGUGAUCUUUUAUUCAAUUUCAAAUCUCUUCUGAUUGUGCUUGUUAUAAGAAAAAGAAAAUCAAGGAAUUUCGCCAAAUUGAAUGUAAAAAAUCUGGAAAAUCUACUUUCCUUUCAGCUUUCAUCGUUGAGAUUUUAAAAAAAUAAUGAUUAAAAUUUAUUAAUGCUCUCUAAAGUAAUUAAUUACUUUUUAUCUCUUCAAAUUCAGGUUCAUUUUAUAUAUUCUUGUGUUUUCUUUAGUUAAUUUUUUUUUUUGUAUCACAUUGCACGCUUUGAAUUGUAUUUUUCACAUCCCUUCGUUUUUUUUCUUUCUUUUUUAAAACGCUACCAUUUUAAGGAGGUUCAGAUGAAAAAUCGUCUAAGGUGAUUUUUUUCUUCUCUUUUUGGUACUCAAAGAUUCUACUAAUU